AUGUUUUUCCAUCGUAUUACAGGUUCAGCCAAGGUAUCCUUCAUUUACAGUAUGUCUAACCCAGCUGAUAUUGUCAUAACAACAUUAACGUCCAUAUUUCUAAUGACCACCAUCGUUGGAAAUCUUCUUAUUUGUGCCAUUGUAUUUAGAAAUCGUGACAUGAGGUGAGUGCAGUUCUCCUUAUUCUGCGAAACAGACGUAAAAUUCUCUUAGUCCGCGGGACUCUAAGGACGAGCAACAGGUACCCAGAGAGCGCGGUUUAGUUUCCGCCGUGUAAUAGUUUGAUAAAAGUUUAGGUUUAAUGACCACAUAACAGACUCAAAUGUCAUCUUGCAGAAGUAUUCGAUGUUGUACGUGUACAUCUGGUUCAAUGUCGAGUACAUAGCCCUUUUUACUAUAUAGUAAAACAGUGGAUAGUUGUUUUCGCGCGCUCUGAUUGGCUACUCAAUCAGUGAAUAUCCUGCACCAUUCACUGAUUCGCCUCCAGUUCCUCCGAGCGAGCGACACCAAACUCGCGUAAGUUUCGAGCAAAAUGCCUUCCCGGUUUGCUGCCGUAACAAACAAAGAAAUUUCACAACUAAUCAAGCGAGCUGUUCCCGAAAUACACGAAGAAGGUGACGAAGUUCGGGGUGGAAGUUUUAACAGGUAAAGCUUUGUCUUUUUGACUUGAAUUUAUCGAUAAAACCGACGAAAAAGUUUUUUGUUUACAAAUGCAAAUUAAGAUUAAGUCUUGCGUUACUUUGUUUAGUUGACUUCUUCAUAAAUAAGCUUAGAACUAAAUUUAAUAAUCUUUUUUACGUAGUGAUUUUUAAUACAAAAAGAAUUCACAACUCCUUUCGGGAAAUUUCCCCGCAAGAGCUAAAGAAAUGCCUUCAAAAGUGUUACUUGUCGGCAAGAAAAAGCGACGAGUGCGGCCGUUCGGUCAAUGCGCGCCAAAAUUGUAAUCGUUGCAGGCAACAGUAAAUGAGUUAAAAAUCAUCAUUUUUCUGCUCAAUUAUCUCACUGUUUUAGUAUAUACUAAAACAGUUAUUCACCGAAGUGGAGGUGGCUAGUGGUGGCCUCAUUAAAUACCCACCACUAGCCACCUGCACUUCGGUGAAUAAUUGUUAUUUAUCUUUCGAUAAGCACAGAUUGUGAAAAAAUAUCUAGCCGGAGACCGAUUAUUAUAUAGCUAGUUCCAAGGAGGAAAAUUUAAUUGUGAAAACUGGACAAGAAUACUCCGUUCCACGUCUCUUUUCUCCUUUUUUUUCAAGUUUUGAUAAAGACCAGUUAGCGAAUAUCCAUUCAUACUCCUGGAAAGAGCGCUUUAAAAUUAGCAAACUUUAAAGGUUAUACGUUAAAAGCGAACGAAUAUAGUUGCUCCACAAAGUCGCGAAAUUUUACAGACGUUUGUGUGGUGGGAGAGGGGAGGUGGGGGGAACGAACUUGCCCACCCCCUACCAUACAAAAGUCUGUAAAAUAGACCUUUUUACCGAUACGACGGCCGUAUUGAAUUAAUUCGAUUUAAGGAGUAUUAUAGGAUGCCCAAGGGGCAUGAGCACAUCUCGUUUGUAUUUUUGAGCGCUUUUCGGGACAUUUUUUCUUAAAGUUUUCUUAGAAUAAGAUUGUAAUGAGAGAGAAGAUCCUUGUGCCGUGUUUGGAUGUAAUACUGAUCGCCUUUUUCUGGUUUAGUAUUAGAAAUAUGAUCUUUCACUGUAUAUUUCUCGAGAAAAAGGCGAUCAUUAUUACAUCCAAACACGGCACAGGGAUCUUUUUUCCCAUUACAAUCUUAUUCUAAGAAAAAUUCAAGAAAAAAUGUCCCGAAAAGCGCUCGAAAACACAAACGAAAUGUGCUCAUGCCGCCUGGGCAUCCUAUAAUACUCCUUAAAUCGAAUUAAUUCAAUAUGGCCGCCGUAUCGGUAAAAAGGUCUAUUCGGCGACUUUGUGGAGCUAUAUCUUCGGUAGUUAUCAACAAAUCGUGAUCAAAUUUGGCAUCUUUGCUGAUUUUAAAGGAGCUGUGUCAGGAAAUUUAGCCAAAUUAGGGAAUUACAAAAUGCCCGUUAAAUUAAGAGAAACAUAAAAAUAACCGCUUAAAACUUUAAAGGAAGGUUAAAAUAACAUAACAGAAACAACAGAUGCCACGGAUGGGCAAAACUGAAGAAUAUUGAAACGGAUUAAAAUUAGGGUUUUUGAAAAUUGUUCAGCCUAACAGUUUUUCAAAGUUGAUCCCUGCGGCUUGCAACUUCAAAAAUAAUGCUCAUGAGACAUAUUUGUUCGUCUCGGAUCUCUGAUUUUGUCAUUUACAUGUAAUUUCUUUGCUUACUUUAAGUUCCAUAGCGAUUGAGGGCAAACGCAGGGCGAGUAAUUGGCAAAAUUAAACAAAAGAAAGAACACAGAAGACACACGUGACACAGCCCCUUUAAUGCGUUCUCGUCAGCCAUGUUGACGAUUGACGGAUUUUCGCUGUCUGGUUCCAGUCAAAAGUUGAAAAACCCGUGGAAGAGUCUAUUGAGCAGAAAAUGCUAAAUGAUCUUCCGAGAAGAAAGGAAAAGUAAAGGAAUACCUCCUUAAUCGUGCCAUAAAGUGGAUUAAUCUUAAUUUCCUCACUUGACAGGAUUACUAUAAAUUUCCUACUUGUGAAUUUGGCAGUGGGGGACAUUACCUACGCGACUUUUAACAUACCACAGUUAGUUAUCAGCCACAUCAACGGACAUCCGGAAGGAGUGGCAGGGAGAGUUUUAUGCAUCUUUAGAAAUGGACUCUUGGCCUGGGUUGGAGAAGGUGCUUCGGUCUUCACCCUUGUUGCCAUAGCAACGGAACGUUACUAUGCCGUCAUAUAUCCUCUUGGUAACAAAGGAAAGCUGACAAUACGCAAGCUAAAGGUAACCUUUUCUGGAAGCACUGCAGUGUUGACCCAAUAUUUUCCAAUUAUCGCACGUUUUUUAAAUCCCCCACGAAUUUUCACUCAUUUAAAACAUUCGAAAAAUCAUCUAGAAAUUCUCAAACAAUUGUUGAACUAAGGACUUUGACCUUGGCCGUUUUUCUGCCAGAGACGUUAAAGUCGUCUAGUGUAAAAACGGGACGCACAAAAGUAGACGACCUUAUUUAAAAAAGUAGAUUUUUCUGAAAAAAGGACUAGGCUCUACUCUCGGAAGACACUGGACACGAGUUAAAGCGACACCAAAAAUGAACUUCAAGCCCGCGAAAUGUGAACAAAUUGUUCAGACUCUAACAUGGCGGCGCGUUACAACUUUUAGAGUCUAUUUCUCGCCGUCGCCAAGAAAGGCAGUGACUUAGAAAUGCAGAUGUUGGUAACACAGAAGAGUGAAUCUCCAAAGUUAAUGCAAAUUCAGUUCGGUCGUCUGUGAGAACAGAUGCAAACUCCUUAAAUUCAUUCUCACUCCACUCUCUACCACGAGACUCCUUCAUGCUCUUCUUGGCCGCCAUGUUGUUUUGCACUCGUCCCAGUCGUCUCUGGACGAGUCGAGCAUAAAUGCGUCCUAGUUUACGACGUCCCGUCUUUAUACCAGACGAGUUUAACGUCUGAGACGUUAAAGUCGUCUGUUAAGUGCGUCGUUCGGACGCACUUAACAGAAGACGUUAAAGUCGUCUGCCUUAUUUACCGUUUUUAUGCUAGGCGACGACUUUAACGUCUCAGACGACUUUAACGUCUCUAGCAUGAAAACGGCCAAUAGCGAUACAGACGCUGACGUUAUCUAUUGAUGUUACUUUAUCAAGAAGAAAUUAUUUCGGUUCACUAAUUGGACCAAUCUUAGAGCGCUUGACGAUUCAAUAGAUAAUUUGUGUUAUAGAAAAGCUUUAAAGGCUAAGAAACUAAACGGGUCAUUUUCUUUGGCUGCGGCCUAGAUGUUACGGGUCAAAUUAAAUUCAGCUUAAUUUUUUUUUCAACCUAGGUUGAUUCUCUAUUUCCUUAAUUCUCCUAGUCCUAAUUUUUGAAUAAUUAGGGCGAGGAGAAUUAAGCAAAUAGAGAAUCAACUUAGGUUAAAAAUUUUUAACCUAAAUGUAAUUUUGACCUGUAACACCGAUAUAAAUAAGAGCAACUAUCAGGCAAAAUUGAAUAUGUGGAAGAAACUUUUCUUUUUUUGUAUUUUUUGUUACUGGUCAAAGGCAGAAUGGAUAAGUUACUGCUGUUCCACCAAGUGACAAGAAGGUUCCAGAGGGGGUAGACAUCCUUGCAUUCUUCCAGCAGAUGCUCUAAGGUCUGCAUCAAUCCACACACAUGACAAGAGUCAGGCCUGUUUCAAACGUCGUGCUACUGCCGUGCCAAGCUGGCUAAUGUAUUUAUACUUUAUGAAUUGAGUUCUGCACGGCGGUAGCACGACGUUUGAAACCAAGUCGAGCUACUGCCGUGUAGCACGACUUGGUUUCAAACGUCGCGCUACUGCCGUGCUAAAGUCGAAUUUAAUUCGAGCAAUUGAGUUCGGCACGGCAGUAGCACGACGUUUGAAACGGGCCUCACUGUCAGUGAUUUUUGGCCUUGAAAAGUUUGCUGCGUGUGUACAGGAUGUGAUGGUUUAUUUUGUUGUGGUUGGUUAAUGUUUGGUGUGCAUGGUACAGAUAUUGUUGAGUUUCUUUUCAAAGUCGUAGUUAUAGUAAUGACAUCAUAAGCAAUACCAAGAAGCAGCCCUUAUUUUCUUUCAUUUGGAAUUUCCCAGAAUAACUGCACUUACCAAAACCUAACAUUGUCUAGGUUAGUCGAGGGGAUGAUGACCUCGACAUAUUUUGUUUUACAGCUAAUAAUUCCUGGUUCAUGGAUCCUCGCAGUGAUUAUUAAUAUUCCAGCAUUUAUCAAGCAAGACUUUGUGAAGGAACAAAAUCCCAACUAUUGCAUUUACGAUUACGACUGGCCACAAGAAUGGAUGGAAAAAGCCUUUCUAUUGGCAGGAAUUUGCAUUCCUAUGCUUUGCUUUACCCUGAUGAUGGGGUUGUAUUCCAGAGUCAUAUACACUAUGUGUUUCAAGCGUGAUGAUUAUACUCAACACACAUGCCAACAACAGGUAUGACUUUAUUGUCCAAUAAAUGUUUUGUGUGGAAGUACCGAGAAAAAAACCUGUAAUUAAGUAGAGACAGUCUUUUAUUUAGGGGUCCUGUUGUCGGAAAGACUGCCCGAGAAUGUGAGAAUAUUUAUACAUUCAAAAGAGUUCUCAAAACGCCUACCAACAAAGCAGCACUUGAGAAGGUUUAUCUUAUUAGAGGAACCUGGAUGAACUACAGUAAGGGUCUUGUUAUCUUUGUAUAUUUUUAAUUUUCUUUUAGUCUUAGCUUUUGUAUUAAGUCUUAAUUGCCACCUUGUAAUUUUAAACUUUACCUUCUUAUGCUAGUAUAUAGUUGUAUUUCGUUAAAGUUGUAUAUCAUAUAGGUGUAAUUUACAAAUGUGACUUUUAUCUAUCUAUCUAUCUAUUUAUCUAUUUAUUUGAUUAUUAGUGAGGUCCACAGCAUCAGCUUUAAUUAGUUGCCUGUAUUUUCUAACCCGCGGUAUCAAAUAAAUUAUAAUUAAUAUGUAUGUAUGUAUGUAUGUAUGUAUGUGUUUUUAUUAUGGGCUGUUUACAACUAGUGUCAAAGCACCUGUACCUGAGGGUACUACUGAUUGGCGUUGUGCUUGCAAGGGAGUCCCUGAUAUGCACCUUGCAUUUGUCUUGACGAAAUUUAGCCAGUUUAGAGGCAAAAAAUUAAACACAUGUACUUUAUUUGAGUGUCAAUGUAUUUAGCACGAAAGUACUCAUUGGGGACACUAUUUUUUACGUCUCUUACUGGAGACGGAACCACCAUUUUACGUAGUCAUCCGAGCACCGCGAAGGUCUAGCCGGUUGCAUUACAAAGGUAGUACCUUCAUUUCUUAGGUCCGGCCCCGGGAAUCGAACCCGCGUCCUCCCGCUCUGCGGUCACACGCUCUACCGACUGAGCUAACACUGCAGGAAAUAACGCAUUUGUUUCACUAUAUUUUUAUAUUAUCUUAAUUGCUAAUGCCAGCACAGGUUUUAACGUGGUUUUAAGAGGGGUAUACUGAUAGAAACGUUCGACGAUCAAGUGACCAAUAGCUGUCAGCACAGUAAUUUAUAAGUUAACUGUAAUUAUUCAUAACGAUUCUUACAACUUGUAUUACAGAACCUCAGUUAUUGGUGGCACACGUUUUAUCCCAUAUCGUUUUUUUAAAUUUGUGCAUACUUUUUACUUAGUUUUGUUUGUUUAUUAUUUAUUGAUCUCGAAACUCUUUUCAAAGCAGGCUAGACGCUUCAAUCGACCAAUUCCGAUAUAUUAAAAUCCAUAAAUGGCUGCGAUGCUUGGAGCCAAGUAUGAAUUUUAAUAUAUCGAAACCAUUUUUUUAGUGCUCAUGAGUUUUUUUCGUUUUUUUUUUUCUUUACCCAGGCUGUACUGAAAGUGCGUAAGAGAGUCACCCUAAUGGUUCUUAUAGUGACUGUCAUAUUUGGAAUAUGCUGGGGUACAGACUGUAUACUCCACGUGAUGGAAGUUGUUGCCUCCUACAAUUUCAGCCGGGUAGCGAUUCCCGUGGCUCACGUCAUGAUCAUGUUUAAUGCCGCUGUCAACCCGUUUGCAUAUGCUUUGGUUAACCAAAGGUUCCGAGAGAAGAUGAAGGGAAUCUUAGUCCGCAGCUUACGUUUUUCGUCUGCGAGGGUGCAAACAGCAACAAAAUCGCCUAGCAUUGGGUCGGCCUGGCACGUCACACAGCCAAGAGAGAAUGUCCUUGCACGAGACCCAGUUUGGAGUGAUAUCGAGCUCCAGUCUUAUAGAAACAGUUCUACAAUUAAGCAAUAG